AUGGGCCUGGACUGCCACGAGGUUGAUGGUACUGGAAGGAGUUGGCAGCUGGGGAUCUCCCUCCGCCGGAGAGCCUCAGAGCUGGCCUUUGGGAACGGCCUAGGCUGCAGGUACACCUUGACCCCUCCUGGAGAUAGCCCAUGUCCUCGGGUUGGCCACAGCUGCUCAUAUUUACCCCCAGUUGGUGAUGCCAAGAAUGGGAAGGUCUUCAUUGUUGGAGGAGCAGAUCCAAGCAGGAGCUUCUCAGAUGUGCACACUUUGGAUCUGGGUAUACACCAGUGGGAUUUAGCUACUGAGGAAGGCCUUUUGCCCCGGUAUGAGCAUGCCAGCUUCAUUCCCUCAUGCACCCCUAACAGCAUCUGGGUGUUUGGAGGUGCUGACCAGUCAGGAAAUCGGAACUGUUUACAAGUGCUGAAUCCUGAAACCAGGACAUGGACCACACCACAGGUGACCAGCCCCCCACCAUCUCCAAGAACUUUCCACUCAUCAUCGGCAGCCAUUGGGAACCAGCUAUAUGUCUUUGGAGGUGGGGAGAGAGGUGCUCAGCCUGUGCCAGAUGUGAAGCUGCACGUGUUUGACGCAGACACACUGACCUGGUCCCAGCCAGAGACACUUGGAACACCUCCAUCUCCUCGACAUGGUCAUGUAAUGGUGGCAGCAGGGACAAAGCUCUUCAUCCAUGGAGGCUUAGCAGGAGACAAAUUCUAUGAUGAUCUCCACUGCAUUGAUACAGGUGAUAUGAAAUGGCAGCAGCUGAGUCCCACUGGGGCUGCUCCCACAGGCUGUGCUGCUCACUCAGCUGUGGCUGUGGGGAAACAUGUGUAUAUCUUUGGAGGAAUGGCUUCCACAGGAGCACUGGACACAAUGUACCAAUAUCACACAGAAAAGCAACAUUGGACCUUGCUUACAUUUGAUACAUUUUUACCCUCUGGAAGAUUGGACCAUUCUAUGUGUAUCAUUCCAUGGCCAGUGACAUCUACUGAGAAAGAGUCAAAUCCUGUUUCUCUAAAUUGUGAAGCUGAGGAAGAGGAUUUCACUGAUAAAGGAGAGAUAGACAGUGGUGACAACUCACAAGAAAGUCAGACUGACAUACUACUCUGUUUCGUGUUUGGAGGCAUGAAUACAGAAGGAGAAAUCUAUGAUGACUGUAUUGUUACUGUAGUUGACUAA